AUGACGACACAAGCUACCGGAAAACAAGCUCCGGUUACUGGAAAAGAAGAAGGCGAGCUCACCGCCUCCGACGAAGAUGUACAACCAAUGCAAACGAGCACGAGAGCUCCUUUUACUGAACAAAUGUCAGUUCCUUCAGCAAAAACAAAUAUCCAAAAGCGUCAAGCUGGAAAUAGUAGAUCGUUAAUUAAACCUGCUGGUGCUACACCGUCGAAGCUGACCCAUCCUGGAGGCCGGAUAAUUGAGAAGAAGCAAGCGGUAUCUGUUACUGCGAUUCAUGGGAAGAAAUUUCCCGUUAGGAGCAACAACAACAACAAUCUUGUGAUAAACUUCUCUGAUGAUGAUACUGGUAGCGAAUCUGAUACUAAAGGACGUACACAGACAUCGGAGAUUCAAGCAAAGGGAACCAUGUCUGGGAAUAGAAACCCGUCUACGUUAAUACAAACAAAGUUGAAAGGACCAAGACAAAUAGAUAACAGAGCAAUAACAAAGAAGGCAUCGUCCACUAGCACCUUUAGCCAGGCUGCGACUUCCAAAGUUUCCAACCUUUCAUUUGCCAAUGCAAUGAAAUCCAAUAAAAAUAGUCAUACCUUUCAAAGGAAGGUUAGCAAAGAUACACCGCGUCCUGAACAGAAAGUGGAGCCCAAUCGCAACAAACUUCAGGAUUUGAAGCAGCAGAUUGCACUGCGGGAAAGUGAGCUGAAGCUUAAGGCUGCACAGCCAAAGAAAGAUGCUGUUAAUCCAAAAAUCAGUCCAACAAGGAGACUCAGUGUGGUUUCUGAUGAUGGUAAAGAGGUAGAACUAUAUGAACCUGCCAAGAAACGCUUAAGAACUAGUGGAAUUGGCACAAGUCAGCCUGUUAUUGAUUACAGAGAGCCAGCAUCUGCUGCUGCACCAAUGAAAGUGCCAAGCAUUGGUAAAAGUCUACUGCCAGGUAUCAAUGCAAAUGCAAGUUGCAAACACCUUGACAGAAACAGUGAUGAGAUUGAUCCGCCUGUUAUUUCUCAGCAUAUUGUAGAAGGAAAUACAAGCUCCAGUGUCUUACAGAAAAAUGCAAGCAAAACAAAUCAUUACGAAGGUGUUAGAUAUGGCCAGCCAGAUAUUUCUGUUCAUAUGACUUCAAAAGAACUGGAAACCAUGAAAAAUGUUGAUAGCGUGUCAAGUGAUCAGUUACUUAAAAUAGUCAACGGAAACCGUCAGCCUUGUUUGAACAAUUCUGGCCUCUGGAACAUCCCGGGAAAUACAACUGCUACUUGCCAUAGUCAACCGAGUAUGCUAUCUUUGACGAGCCUAGAAGAAUCUCUUGACAGAGAGUUGGAGGAGGCACAAGAACGUAGACACCUUUGUGAAAUUGAAGAAAGAAAUGCACUUAAGGUUUAUAGAAAGGCACAAAGAUCUUUGAUCGAAGCAAAUGCCAGAUGUGCAGAACUUUACAGUAAGAGAGAAAAUUUGUCUGCUCAGUAUGGAUCUCUCUUUGUGAACGACUCNAGAUUGAUGUGGCCGUCUAUACAUCAUGAGCACCCUGGAACUGGGUUUCACUUCUUGAAUAGUAAUACUGAAAACACUGAUUUGGCAACCAAAACAGACAUCCCUCAGCAUACUCAGCUAGAAAGCAACCACAGAUAUAACAAUCAAUAUGGUAGCAGUCAUCCUCUACCUCGUUCUCGUAGUGGGCAGAAUUUGGGUUCCGAACCGUGCAGUGAUCUUGAUGCUAGUAUCUCGGAUGGAUUACCUUGCAGUAACAAACAAACGGUUAGUAGACUAUGCUCCCCCUCAAGUGAUGCAAACAUUUUGCCAGAUGGCGAGUCAUCUCCUGUGUACCACGAAUCGACUGAGGGAAACCUUGGACAUCAAGCGGAAAAUCAUGAGCAAACACUGGGCAAUCAGAAUUCUUUGCUUCGUGAAGCAUCAUUAAGAUCUAAAUUAUUUGAGCGUCUAGGUAUGAGGGCAGAAUCUAGAGGUGGCACAUGUUUCCAUGGAGAGACUGUGAUAGAUAGAGGGGAUGAAAGUGAUGUUGCAAGUGAACGAACUCAGAGAGAUGACAGUAGUCCUGUCUCAGAAAAAUAUCAGCAUAACGAUUCUAGAGAGCCAGGAGCCCAUAAACUGCAAGGAAGUCCCUCUGAACCACCAGUUGAACGGGGUGCGAUCGAGGAAAAUUCGUUGAAUUUUCAAUCAUCUAUAGAUAGGGAGUCCCAUAGGAUUUCACCAGGGGAUGACCUAUUAUCGUCUGUAGCUUUGCCAGGCCCUUUAUUUCGGAGCACAAUUAAUCAUCUAAAAGUCCCUGGGUCUUCCUUAACGUCUCUGGGACCAGAAUAUACACUACAAAACAAGUCAUAUAUCCUAUACAACGAUGAAAGACAAUGUAGGAGCUUGACUGAAACUCCAGUAUAUGAGAAAAAAAUUGGCUUCUACACCUGUAAUUUGAAGGUGGACCCUUUUUGGUCUCUCUGCAUGUAUGAGUUACGUGGAAGGUGCAAUAAUGAUGAGUGUUUGUGGCAACAUUUCAAGGAUUUCUCUGAUGAUAGUUUGCAUCAAAGUCUAAAUGAUCCUCCUGAUGGUAGAAGUGGGUCAAGUUUACAUCCAAAGAACCAAAAUUCUGCCAGAGGAUCCCAGUGUUUUGACGUAGUGCUUUCACCAACUUAUCUUGUCUGCUUGGAUACAAUAAAGGUUGAUUCGUGGUCUUAUGAGUCCGUUCUGUCUCAAAGACAUGGGCAAAUAUGGUGGAAGCACUUUAGUGUCUGCCUGGCCUCAUCUAACUCGCUGCACAAGAAUAUACCUGUGAGGGAAAAUGAAGGUCGAAUUGAGAAUCUCCUUAAACAAGGUUCAGAUGCUGCGGUUGAACCCGUGGAAAUGGCUCUCAUUAUUUUCUGUCGGGAAGUUGACCAGUCAGAAGGCUUGAUUCAGGCCCUUUCUGUGCUUUCACGGGGUCUUGAAGGUCACCCAACUUCUGAGAUUCUUUGGACUGUUUAUCUCCUGAUUUACUAUGCAUAUGAAGGAUCAAAUGGGAGAGAUAUGUUUUCUUAUGGGGUCAAACAAUGUAGCAGAUCAUAUGUAUUAUGGCUUAUGUACAUCAACAGUCGAGGACAACUUGGCGAUCAAUUAGUUGCGUAUGAUUCUGCCCUCUCAGCCCUCUGCAACCCUGCAUCUGAGUCUAUUGACAGGAACCAUGCCAGUGCUUGCAUAUUAGAUCUUUUGUUGCAGAUGUUCAACCUACUGUGCAUUUCUGGGAAUGUAUCAAAGGCAAUCCAGAAAAUAUCCAAGCUUCAGGCUUCAGCAGCAGUUUCUGAUGACCCUGACUUUUCAAUGAUGUCUCACAUUCUGACAUGCUUAACAUAUUCUGACAAAUGUGUGUUCUGGAUUUGUUGUGUGUACUUAGUUAUUUACAGGAAGUUGCCUGAUUCUGUUGUCCAACGACUUGAGAUGGAGAAGGAACUACUAGAAAUAGAAUGGCCUUCAGUUAAUUUGGUAGGUGAUCUGAAGCAGAUGGCUCUCACACUAUUUGAUAAAGGGAUGCGUUCAGAAGAACUUUGUGCCAGCGAUGGGUUGUCGGAUAAUGAAAUACAAGAGCGAACUGCCGGGCUAUUUGCUUUGAACCACACCCUGUUUAUGAUUGCAGUUUCUGAGUUAGAAACAUGUAGGGACAUUUUGAAGGCAUCCGUUAAACUCUACCCAGCUUGCUUGGAGCUGAAAUUGUUAGCAGCUAGGAUGCAACGAAAUGAAUCGAAGGAUAGGUUUUCGUCUGUGUUUGAAGAGCUUCUCAAGCAGGAACCGAAAGAGGCUUCAGGCAUACAAUUGAUUUGGAAUCAGUACGCUGAAGAUGCUUUGCAAGGAGGAAGCUACGACUUGGCAAGAGAACUCAUGUCCCGCUGGUAUGUGUCAGCAUGGGAAGUAUUGUCCUUUAAGAAUAGGACAGUGGUGGCUAAUGAAGAAGAACAAGGUGAAGAGAGUUUGCUGAAAUCAGGUUUACCAGAUCUGAAUGUUGCAUCGGAUCAGGUAGAUGUGAUGUUUGGAUAUCUUAAUCUCUCUCUCCAUAAUCUACUGCAGAGUAACUGGACAGUGGCUAGCUCGGCCAUUGACGAAGCACUAAACGCUGCAGCUCCUGAGCAUUUUAUGCACUGCCUGAGAGAACAUGCUGUGUUUCGGUUAAUCAAUGAAUUGCAAGCAACAGGUGAAUUUUCAAUCAACCUACAACUGAGAUUACUCAACUCUUAUUUGGACCGAGCUAGUUCCUUACCUGCAAAAGAGCCACUGUCCUGGAAAUUCAUCAGCAACAGCACUGAGAAACCGAGAGUGAGGAAGCUAGUAUGUAAUCUCCUGGCUCCAGUUUCAUCUGAAUUCUUAGUGGUAAAUGCGGCUCUCGAAGCAUGGCACGGACCAUCUCUUGUACCCGUAAAGCUAAGCAAACAAAAGGAACUGGUGGAUUUUGUGGAAACAAUCUUAGGGCUGGUUCCGUGCAAUUACCCGCUGGCUUUGUCUGUAAGUAAGCUGUUAAUGAAAGAACCGGAUUCUGGUUCCUCGGGUAUUCAAUUCUGGUCAGGUCUGAAUUUGGUUAGCACGAUGUCUUGUGCCGUACCAGUAGCUCCCGAGUACAUAUGGGUAGAAGCUGGAGAAAUAUUGGGCAAUAUCAAUGGUUUCAAGACAAGAGCUGAGAGAUUCUUGAGUAAAGCUGUGUCGGUAUAUCCAAUGUCAGUGAAGUUAUGGAGAUGUUAUCGGAGUGUAUCGAGAAGUAUAGAAGAGAGAAAAGGCAUCGAAAUCGAAGAAGCAGCGAAAAAGAAAGGAAUCACUCUGGAUUGA